UCCCAUUAUGGCGGAGGGACAAGCCGUGCGGAUGGACCGUCUCUCCCACUCUGAGGCUUGUUUUGUGUCUUGAGGGAGGGCGUUUUAUGUUCUUUUUUUUUUAAAGUUCGUCGCCACAGCCUGGUGUCCUUUCAACUCGACUGCACUCGUGUUUAUUAGCGAAGCCAUGGCAGACCGCGGCGCGGAUUUGUCCGCCCUGCCAAAAGAGGUUAGAGACCAAUUGGCGGAGUUGGAUCUGGAGCUGUCUGAAGGUGACAUCACGCAAAAGGGCUAUGAGAAGAAGAGAGCCAAGCUGCUGGCCUCCUACAUCUCCCAUAUGCCAAAUAUGGAUCUGUCUCUGCCAGAUGUUCAGCUUUCCCCAGGCCACAGUGCUGACCCCAGCCCAAGUCCCGAGGCCCCGGGCCCUUCCACAUCUUCAGCCUCCAGACACCACCGCGCACACCGCAGUGGAGGGGCCAGAGACGACAGAUACAGAUCAGACAUCCACACAGAGGCUGUUCAGGCAGCACUGGCAAAGCACAAAGAGGAGAAGAUGGCACUGCCCAUGCCAACCAAGAGACGCUCAGCCUUUGUCCAGUCUCCCAUAGAUAACUGCACACCUCCAGAUACAUCUUCGGCAUCAGAGGAUGAGGGCUCACUGCGCAGGAAGGCAGCUCUCAGUGCAGUGCUGGCCCAGACCCUGCAGAGCCCCGAUUACUGGAUCAACCGUUCCGUCCAAAGCUCCUCCACAUCCUCGUCUGCUUCCUCCACCCUCUCCCAUGGAGAGGCCAAGGCCCAGCCCCUGCCCCAACCCCAACCUGCUCUUUCUGUGUUAGCAGACGUUCUGGCUCAUACACGCAUAGAAAACAGCGUCCCUCCAGAUGUUACAUCCUCCACUCCCCAGGAGAGAGGGUCCAGGGUGGAUCUCCCUCCAGCGGUCAGGGGCAUGAGUCGUGGACAGAGCCGGUCCAGCAUGCUCGAUACUGCUGAUGGCGUGCCUGUCAACAGCAGGGUGUCCACCAAGAUCCAGCAGCUGUUAAACACACUCAAACGGCCAAAGAGACCACCACUCAGCGAAUUCUUUGUUGAUGACUCUGAGGAAAUUGUAGAAGUGCCCCAGCCAGACCCCAACACCCCGAAGCCAGAGGGACGACAAAUCAUCCCGGUGAAGGGGGAGCCCCUCGGUGUGGUCAGUAACUGGCCUCCUGCCUUGCAGGCUGCACUCGCCCGAUGGGGGGCCACACAGGCCAAGAGCCCGGCCCUCACUGCUCUGGAUAUCACAGGCAAACCCCUCUACACACUCACAUACGGCAAAUUAUGGAGUCGCAGUCUGAAAUUGGCAUAUACACUUCUGAAUAAACUCGGGACCAAGACAGAACCCGUCAUACAACCUGGAGAUCGGGUGGCUCUAGUGUAUCCAAACAGUGACCCUGGCAUGUUCUGGGUGGCUUUCUACGGCUGCCUGUUAGCUGAGGUCAUCCCUGUGCCCAUUGAGGUCCCACUGUCCCGACAGGAUGCAGGCAGCCAGCAGAUUGGCUUCCUUUUAGGCAGCUGUGGCGUCAGUCUGGCGCUGACCAGUGAGGUGUGUCUCAAAGGGCUGCCCAAGACACCAAACGGAGAGAUCAUCCAGUUCAAAGGAUGGCCGAGGAUGAAAUGGGUUGUCACAGACACAAAGUACCUGACCAAACCCUCCAAAGACUGGCAGCCUCACAUACCCACCGCCAACACAGACACCGCCUACAUAGAGUACAAAGCCAGUAAGGAGGGGACAGUGAUGGGAGUUGCUGUGUCCAAGAUCUCCAUGCUGACUCACUGUCAAGCCCUGUCACAGGCCUGUAACUACUGUGAAGGAGAGACGCUGGUCAAUGUGUUGGACUGUAAGAAGGAUAUGGGCAUGUGGCACGGCGUCUUAACGAGUGUCAUGAACAGAAUCCACACCAUCACAGUGCCGUAUGCUGUCAUGAAAGCAUGUCCCAUGUCCUGGGUGCAGAGGGUCCACAUCCACAAAGCACGUGUGGCCUUGGUAAAGUGCCGUGACCUCCACUGGGCCAUGAUGGCUCACAAAGACCAGAGGGACACCAACCUGUCCUCCAUACGGAUGCUUAUUGUGGCCGAUGGAGCAAACCCAUGGUCUGUGUCGUCCUGUGAUGCCUUCCUGAAUGUCUUUCAGUCUCAUGGUCUGAAGCCUGAGGUGAUCUGUCCAUGCGCCACCUCUCCUGAAGCCCUCACUGUGGCCAUACGCAGGCCUGGUGCUCGGGGAGCCCCACUACCAGCCAGGGCCAUCCUGUCCAUGGGCGGGCUGAGCCACGGCGUGAUCCGCGUAAACACAGAGGACAAGAACUCCGCUCUCACUGUUCAGGAUGUGGGCCACAUCAUGCCAGGAGCUCUGAUGUGCAUCGUGAAACCAGACGGGCCUCCUCAGCUGUGCAAGACUGAUGAAAUCGGAGAGAUUGUGAUCAACUCUCGGGCUGGAGGCACCAUGUACUACGGCCUGCCUGGUGUCACCAAGAACACAUUCGAGGUGAUUCCUGUCAACCAAGCUGGAGCACCCAUUGGAGAAAUUCCCUUCUCUCGAACUGGUCUGCUUGGAUUUGUUGGACCGGGCAGUCUGGUGUUUGUUGUGGGGAAGAACGAGGGACUGCUGAUGGUGAGCGGGAGAAGGCACAAUGCAGACGACCUUGUGGCCACGGCCCUGGCUGUGGAGCCUGUGAAAACAGUUUACAGGGGGAGGAUCGCGGUGUUCUCGGUGACAGUGUUUUAUGACGAGAGGAUAGUGAUUGUGGCAGAGCAGAGGCCUGACGCCAGUGAGGAGGACAGCUUCCAAUGGAUGAGUCGAGUUCUGCAGGCCAUUGACAGUAUCCAUCAGGUUGGUUUGUACUGCCUUGCACUCGUCCCAGCUAACACCCUCCCAAAGACGCCUCUUGGAGGCAUCCACAUCUGUGAAACCAAACAGAACUUUCUGGAGGGGAACCUUCACCCCUGUAACAUCCUCAUGUGCCCACACACCUGUGUUACCAACCUGCCUAAACCACGCCAGAAACAACCAGUGGAUGUGGGUCCUGCUUCUAUGCUGGUUGGGAACUUGGUGGCAGGGAAACGGAUCGCCCAGGCUACAGGCAGAGAGCUGGGUGUGGUGGAGGACCAGGAUCUGAUCAGAAAGCACCAGUUCCUGUCUGAAGCCCUGCAAUUUAGAGCACAAACUGACCCUGACCAUGUCCUAUAUGUGCUGCUUAAUGCCAAGGGGGUGGCAGUGUGCACAGCCACAUGUUCUCAACUGCACAAGAGAGCUGAGAAAAUAACAGCCACCCUCAUGGAGAGGGGGGGCCUCAACACGGGAGACAAUGUGGUGCUGCUUUACCCACCAGGUAUCGACCUGAUUGCUGCCUUCUAUGGCUGCCUGUAUGCGGGCGUCAUCCCCGUGACGGUGAGGCCGCCUCACCCACAGAACCUGCCUGCCACCCUCCCUACCGUCCGUAUGAUCAUAGACGUGAGCAAAGCAGCCUGCAUCCUCACCACUCAACCUCUCAUGAGGAUCCUCAGGUCCAGGGAGGCUGCUGCCAGUGUCAACGUCAAGACGUGGCCCACCAUCAUCGACACAGAUGAUCUCCCGAGAAAGCGGCCUCCGCACAUUUAUAAACCCCCCACAGCUGAGAUGCUGGCCUACCUGGACUUCAGUGUGUCCACCACAGGCAUGUUGACAGGAGUCAAGAUGUCUCAUGCUGCAAUAAGUACUCUGUGCCGCUCCAUCAAGCUGCAGUGUGAGCUCUACUCCUCACGCCAAAUAGCCAUCUGCCUGGACCCGUACUGUGGCCUUGGCUUUGUCCUGUGGUGCCUCUCCAGUGUUUACUCAGGUCACCAGUCCAUCCUUAUCCCUCCCCUGGAGCUGGAGUGCUCGCUGCCUGUGUGGCUGAGCACGCUCAGUCAGUACAAGAUCAGAGACACCUUCUGCUCCUACUCUGUCAUGGAGCUCUGCACCAAAGGCCUGGGCACCCAGACAGAGAUGCUGAAGGCCCGGGGUCUGAAUCUGUCGUGCGUGCGGAGUUGUGUGGUGAUAGCAGAGGAGCGUCCUCGCCUCUCCCUCACGCAGUCCUUCUCCAAGCUCUUCAAAGAUCUCGGCUUGUCUCCGCGUGCUGUCAGCACCGCCUUCGGGUCCAGGGUCAACCUGGCCAUGUGCCUGCAGGGCACUGCUGGACCAGACCCCUCCACUGUCUAUGUUGACAUGAAGUCACUGCGCCAUGACAGGGUGAGGCUGGUGGAACGAGGAGCACCACAGAGUCUUCCUCUCAUGGAGUCAGGCACUAUCCUACCAGGAGUCAGAGUCAUCAUAGUUAACCCAGAGACCAGAGGCCCACUAGGAGAUUCACAUCUUGGGGAGAUCUGGGUGAACAGCCCUCACAGUGCCAGUGGCUACUACACAAUCUACGGGGAGGAGAGCCUGCAGGCGGAUCAUUUCAACACCAGACUGAGCUUUGGUGAGCCCCAAACUCUGUGGGCCAGGACCGGCUACCUGGGCUUCAUCAAGAGGACUGAGCUCCUGGAUGCAAGCGGAGAUCGUCAUGAUGCCUUGUUUGUUGUGGGCUCUCUGGAUGAAACGUUGGAGUUGAGGGGCUUACGCUAUCACCCCAUUGACAUCGAGACCUCCGUGUCCAGAGCCCACCGCAGCAUCGCAGAGAGUGCUGUGUUUACAUGGACCAACCUGCUGGUGGUGGUGGCGGAGCUGAGCGGCUCGGAGCAGGAGGCCUUGGACCUGGUUCCCUUGGUCACCAACGUGGUCCUGGAGGAGCACCAUCUCAUCGUCGGGGUGGUGGUCAUCGUGGACCCCGGGGUGAUUCCCAUAAACUCCAGAGGAGAGAAGCAGAGGAUGCACCUGCGGGACUCCUUCCUGGCAGACCAACUGGACCCCAUCUACGUGGCCUACAAUAUGUGAUUGCCCUUCUUAUCUGAUGCAGAAAACUGAGCCAGGCUCCGAGGACAGACAUGAGGGAGAAGGACUUUGGGGGGAGCACUCAGAAGAGACCCCAAAGUUAAACCUCAGACACACGUUUUAAAAAAAAAACAAAAAAAAAAAACACCAAACAAUGUGGGAUUGCGAGAGCAGUACACGUGCUGUGAUGAAAUUUGCUUCUCUCUCAGAAACGGAUCCUUCUUUGCUUCCACCUGCUUGAUUACUGCAGACCAGGUUCACUAGAUUACUAACAAGGGAGAGGAAUACUCUCUCCUCUAUUUUAGAUCCAUGUGUCAGCUGGAGAAAAAUGACCUUCAUCCUCUGUGUGCAUCAAACUUCUCCUUGUUUUUUAAAGACAUAUUUCAUAACAAACCCAAGUCAAAGAAAUCCUCCCCCUCCUUCCAUUCCUUUUUUUUUAUCCAUUCAUCUCUGUGUGCUUGUUUAUGUUUGCUCUAAACCCCCCUUUUAUUCUGAAGGCAGGAUGGCGCACUGGAACUGCUGAGGGGAGCUGGAACAUUCCCCUCUUGCACUUUAAGUCCUUGCCCCACUGAGUCCACCCCCUGUCUCGAGGGGACAGCCCCUCAGUUUUUGCUGCUUCACCAGAGCAAGCCUACGUCAGUAUUUUAAAAAGUGCCACCAGCAAGUGCAGCCCACAAGGAGGCAAACCUGACAUAUCACCUUCCAACCAGGUGCACAGUGGCUCUCACCUCCUAUCGUCACUGUAUUGGCAAUCAAACGUUACAAAAUGUCCUGCAAACGAAACAUACUUGAAAAAAGUUGUUGGUGGAAAGAAAGAAAGAAAGCCUUGUGUCAUAAACAUAAAAACCUGGAUGUUGAAGAUGAUCAGUGGGAAUAGGAGUUGGUCGAGUUGAACGUUCCUAUGAUUUCAGAGUACUAAUAAAGUUUUUAAAAUAACUUGAUUUGCAGUAGAAGAGUUAAGGCAGUGUAAGUGUGCAGAGUAUGUCAACGAAGAGGGACAAAUUCAAAGAGGAAGCAGAUAGAAGCUUGACUUUUAAGCUUUGUUAACAACAGAUGACACACACACAAAUACUCAGCCAGGGAACUACUAUCGUGUUCCAUUCAGAGCUUUUAACCUUUUCAUGUGGUCUCCGUAAGCACAUAGACACUGCUCAGUUUCACAUUCUUUUAAAGUCAUGAAAGUGGCCUGAGUUGUGGAAAGUUCCAUUAAGUACUGUACAGAAACAGUAUACUCCGUCUUCUUCCUAGGACGGUUUGAAUAGGAGUGGACAUUUAAUUUUUUAAGACAUUUCUCGGUUAGCUUUGACAGGAUAAUAAUGAUUUUUCCUGACUUGAACUGAAGCAAGCUGCAAGCUUUCUGUUUGUGAAAAAGCAGAGAAGGCUCAGAGCAUCACAGCUGAUUAGACGUAGAUCAGCAGAAGGCAGGUCAGUGCCUUUUUAUUGCACCAUUGUGACAUAUAUUAUUAUGGACUGUUGGAUUUCUUACAAACCAGAUAUCAAGAUAAAGGACAAAACUUUGCCUUACUAAACCCUGUGGAACUUCAGUGCUUUUAAUGCAUAAUCUCUCGUUUGCAGCUGAACUGUUUCUAAUGUAUUUAAAGGAACUAUUUCACCUUUUUCUCACAUGGAGUCAGUUAAAAAACACACUCAUAUCCUCUUUAUAGGGAGGGGGGGUGUCUUUUUCUCUUGCAAAGACUUUUCAGUCAUGCCCUUCUCAUUUCAUUAUAACCAUUAAGCCCAACCUUACCUGAAUGUCAGUAACAGUGAGAACAUAAAACAAAAGUAGGAAUGAACAACAAUCAGUUAGCAACCUGUGAUUUAAAAAUGGCAAAUCCUCCUUUAAAAAAUGGAGGUCAUAAAUGAGGGUAAGGCUGUUGUCUGUAUACUGUAAUUUAGAGGUCAAAUACUGUAUUACUGGUGUUAAUGUAAAUGUGUACAUGGAUAUGAACUUUGUCCAUAAGAACUUGACUGAUUUUUUUCAUACUUGACAGCAUUUUUCUGCAUUGUUGAUUUAUCACAUUGCAAAAGAAAGAAAAACAAUCUUUCCAAUUAUUUUGGCAGUUACAAUGUGCACUUUCCCAAUAUCAUUUUCUGUGUGUGUGUGAGUGUGUGUGUGUCCAUGUGUGAGCGUGUGAGUGUGUGUAAGUGAUAUUUGGCUUUUCUGGUAAAACAAUGUUUGUCUUUUGUAAGAAAAUGAUCCCAGAAACAUUCUUUUUUUUUUUGUCGCCUCCACUGUAUUUGAAUUCUUUCCAUACAAAAUUGGAAUCAAAUAUAUUUUGUAGGGAUUUCAUCAACAUUUUCCUGAUGUAAUCUUUCUUUAAAACUGCACAAUUCUUCUGCGAACGCCUGGUUUGAUUUAGAAGCAGCACGUCAAUAAACCACUUUUUAUUCAGUGCUGGACUCUGAUGACAUGAAUGGAGCCAGUACGUGUGGCACGAUAAGAGUUACUCAUGAAAAAAGUAAGUGAAGCUUCUGAGCUGCUGUGUGUGAUAACUGCUCUGUUGCUACUGUUUCACUACGACAAGUUUGAAUAAAGUUUUAUAAUUUCACAUUGGCCUUGAAGCCUUUUCAAUAGUCAUUGGUGCUAUUUAAUAAGGGAAAGUUGACAGACUUUUGUCCUCCAAUGUCAUAUCAAAGAACUUUUUAUUCCUGGAUGCCCUUUUUGUGUGAAAAUAAGUCAUUCUUUUCUCCAUGCCAACAUUUAUGAACAUCCUCCUCAUUGCUCGGCUCUAUAAUACUUUUCUUUGAUGGGUUUUCAUCAGCUGUGAUAUCUGAUGAAAACUCUCACUAUGGACAAUGCAACUCCACAUAUUCCCCAUUUCCAUUUUAAUAUUUAUUUCAUUUUUUUUUUUUAAAUGUUGUGCAGAAUGACGUACAUUUCAAACCUCCAAAGUUAUUCUAAGCACAAAAUGUAAAUGUACAUGUGAGGUUAUAAAAAUUUGGAUCUUCAACACAAAAAAAAAACUCAAGGGCCCACAAUGUAUACCUCAACGACUGUCUGUUCACUAUGCAUUGUCGAGCUGCAGCAAAGACAUCCUGAACUAGUCAAUGGUGCGAUAACUUCUAACACCAUGUCUUACUUGACAAAAACACUGUCACACUGUCAUUGGAUGUGUUUCAUGUCAAAUAAAAAAAUCCUUUGUCAGAAA